GACGGAUAUAGCCCCAGAGAACUCAAUCCAAAUGCCCAUUUCCAGCAAAAAAGACAGAUUUGCCCCUCCAUAGCUGCAAAGCUACAUCUACUGAGAUUUUCUUCAACAACUAAUCACAACCACAUGCAUUCCUCUCUAACUCUAUUCCUUCCGAUCCCAAACAACAAAUCUUCAAAAGCACCAACACCUAUAAUCAAAAUCCAAUCAGAAACUCCAUCCAAACAUGCCACAAUCCCAUCCACCAUUUCCCUACUCCACACAUGCCAAAAUCUCGAACAACUCAAACAAAUCCAUGCACAAUUCGUGGUGGUGGGCCUCAUCAGACGUUGCCCGAUGGCUGGUAAGCUUGUUGAGUCCUACGUGUCCACAUCCCACAUCGACCAUGCAUGGUCCGUCUUCGAUCGAAUCGACGGCCCAGAUGCCUUUGCUUAUAACACUAUGAUCAGGGGCCUUACAGUAGGUGGCCAGGCUAAUGACUCCCUCUUACUAUUUAAUCGAAUGGUAUUAAACGGUCUGAUGGCCGAUAAUUACACUUAUACUUUCAUGCUGAAGGCGUGUUCUCGUUUAAGUGCACUUAUGGAAGGUAAGCAAGUGCAUUGCAUGAUAAUCAAGGUUGGGAUGAGGCCGGACAAUUACAUUCACAGCUCUCUCAUACACAUGUAUGGAAUAUCCGACAGUUUGGAUUGUGCACGGAAGGUGUUCGAUGGAUUCUCUGAAGAGAAUACGCUCAUUAAGAAUGCAAUGAUCACAGUAUACUUGCAACAUGGCCGCGUUGAUGAUGCUCGAGAUGUGUUUGAUGGGAUGAUGAUGAAGGACGAUGCGACGUGGAGUGCGAUGGUGUCGGGGUACACAAAGAAUUGCAUGUUUAUGGAGGCGUUGGGUGUCUUUUGGGAGAUGACGGCAUGUGGGGCCCACCCAAAUGAAUCGAUGGUUGUGAGCGCGCUCACCGCGUGUGCACAAUUGGGUGCGUUGGAUCAGGGGAGAUGGAUACAUUUGCAUGUUUGUAGGAGGAUUGAGGCUGAAAUGAGUGUUGUGUUGGGGACUGCUCUUGUUGAUAUGUAUGCUAAAUGUGGGAGCAUAGAUAAUAGUUAUGAAGUCUUUAGAAGCAUGACUAGAAGGGAUGUGGUCACAUGGACGGCUAUGAUCUCGGGUUUCGCCAUGCAUGGAUAUGCUGAGAAGUCCUUCGAGCUGUUUGAUGAAAUGGUGGUGGCCGGCAUCCAACCCAAUGAAGCUGUUUUUGUUGCAGUCUUAUCUGCUUGCACCCAUGCGGGGCACGUUGAAAUGGGCGGGCACUACUUUGACCGAAUGACGCUCGAUUUCGGGAUCACGCCAUCGAUCGAGCACUAUGGAUGUAUGGUGGACCUCCUCAGCAGGGCCGGGCACUUGGCGGAGGCCGAAGAUCUCAUUGCAUCUAUGCCAAUGGAGCCAAAUCCAAUCAUAUGGGGCACGUUGCUUGGUGCCUGUAGGAACCACAAGGAUCUUGCAAGGGGCAAACGGGCAUUCAACCAUCUGAUUGCGCUUGAGCCACGGUCUGGUGAUCGGUUCAAGCUGAUCGGGCACGUGCUCGCUGUGGCCGGGAAGGGGGAAGAUGCAAUAAAAGUGAGGAAGCUGAUAAAAGAGAAUGAGAUGGGGACUACAAGUGGGUCCAGCUGCAUUGAAGUGGAUGGCAUGGUACAUGAGUUUGUAGCAGGAGACAUUGGCCACAAGGAUGCUAGAGAGAUAUAUAUGAUGUUGGAUGAGAUGAAAAGGAGAAUAGAAGAGGUUGGAUUUGUUGCAAGGAGGGAAGAGGUUGUGUUGAACAUAGAUGAGGAAGAGAAAGAGAUUGCACUGAGCAGGCACAGUGAGAGAUUGGCUAUUGCAUAUGGGCUAUUGAGAAGUGGGCCCAAGAGCCUAAUCAGGGUUUAUAAAAACUUGAGGAUUUGUACGGAUUGUCAUAGAGCCAUCAAAUUCAUAUCAAAGGAGUUUGGAAGAGAAAUCAUUGUUAGGGAUAGGAGCCGCUUCCAUGUGUUCAAGGGAGGGGAAUGUUCAUGUAUGGAUUAUUGGUGAUGGAAUGGUUUUCACUGCGAUUUUGAAGUGCAA